AUGAUAAUGUAUAUUUUAGGCGCUUUAACAGUUUAUUGGGCAACUUCUUACUUUUUUUUAAAGAAUCCUCAGAUUUUGAAAAAGAAGAAGAGUUGGAAAUCUCCAUUACUUAGCAAGGCAUUAAACAAAGAGUAGGUUUUACAUAUAGCACACAGAGGUGGAUCUAGAUACAAAGUAGAAAAUACUAUUGAGAGUUUUGAGAAUGGUUUAAAAGAAGGAACAAAUGUAUUAGAAUUAGAUGUUUGUAUGACAAAAGAUAAACAAAUUAUAGUAAUUCAUGAUGAUAAUUUAAAAAGAAUGUGCGGAGUAAACAAGUUAACAGAAGAAUUUGAUUACAAAGAUUUACCCAAAUUCUAAGAAGAAAUCCAUCUUGAUUUUAGUGUUGGUGGAAAGGUUUAUUCAAAAGAUUAUAAAAAUCCAUAUAUUCCUACUUUAGAUGAAGUCUUUACAAGAUUUCCAGGAGUUCACAUGAAUAUUGAAAUCAAAACACCAAAUGAAGAGUUCAUUUAAAUGAUGAAUAAGUUAAUCAUAAAGCAUAAUAGAGAAGAUAUCACCAUUUGGGGAUGCAAAAACCCUGAAAUGUCUCGUAGAUUGAAAGAAGUUAAUCCAAAUAUUAAUAGGUUCUUCUCUCUAGGAGGUCUAAAAGACUUGGUCAUUAAGUACUUCACAGGUUUGCUUCCGUUCAGUGAAAUUUAAGAAGAAUCUUUGCAAAUUCCUAUUUUUAAUAGAGAGCACUAUGAAUGGAAGAAGUUGGAGUCCAAGGGAUUUAUGUAACAUUUGGCUUGCAGAGUCUAUUUUUUAGCAAUUAGACUUUUAUUAAGCUCAUUUAUUGCCAAACCUUUGUUUGAACACUUAAGACAGAGAGGAAUUCUUGUCAUAUUUUGGGUGAUGAACAAUCGUGAAAUGUUUGAAGAAUGCCUCUAAUUCAGUGGAUGUGUUGGAAUUAUGACUGACGAACCUGCUUUACUAACAUAAUUUUUAAAAGAAAAAACUGUUUACAAGAAAGAUUGA